AGAAAGGGUUGGCCCCAUCGCAAAGAUAACGAGACCAAAUAACGUUGCUUGCACUUAUUUACAUAGCGUUUAUUAUUAAUAAUAAUGUGACUUAUGGACCGUAACAUUAUGUAAUUAUUAUAUGUAGCACUCAUGAAGACGAUGCUGGCCAUGGAGUUGGGAAAACGCUGAUAUUCUGUUUUAUUUCUCUGAUGUGGGUCUUCACACAGUAAGAUGUCUCUGGCCCAGAGGGUUUUGUUGACCUGGGUCUUUACCCUUGUUUUCCUCAUCAUGCUGGUGCUCAAACUGGAUGGGAAGGUGCAGUGGAACUGGUUCCUCAUCUUCCUCCCAGUCUGGGUGUUUGAUGGCAUCCUCAUCCUCAUGCUUGCCAUCAAAAUGGCCGGGCGCUGCAAGCCCGGGUACGACCCACGCAACGGUUCGCCUGACCUGUGUCUGCGCACCUGGUACCUGACGGCCAUGCUGCUCAAACUGGGUUUCUGCCUGACGCUGUGCGCCAAGCUGGAAAAACUGGCCGACGUCAAGCUGACGUUCGUUUGCAUACCGCUGUGGACUAUGCUGCUGGGAGCACUGGUAGAACUGGGACUGAACAUCUUUCCAGAGAGGAGAGAGGUUUAACAGUGGCGUAACAAUCAACUUGAAACUACGCUCAUUUAAAAAAAGAGAGAGAUGUGAUGGAAAUAUCUAUGAUUUGUCUUUUAUCUCAUCAGGYUUUAAGUAUGAAAGUUCAGAGCUGAGCUAAAGAUCUACUGAAUGUUAGAAAAGCUGCUUUUGAGUCAAACAAACAAAACAAAUAUCACUUAAAUGAAUCUGAAGAGGCAUCUAUAUAAAGACAACUGUGAAGCCAAUACAGGGGAAAAAAAUCUUGCAAUGUGUUAUGAAUUCAUAUGAUUCAGUAUUGUUUUUAAAUAUUUAGUGAAUAUAACUUUUCUCGAUUGAAAGGUACCAUAAAUAGAAUUCCAAUUUA